AUGGAUUAUGAGAGGAGUGGGCACAUAAUUACGCUAAGAAUGCUCCCACCAAAUUCAACUGUUAACGAGAUUCGGGCUCAACUGCAAGAGCAAGGGAUCCAGCCCAGAGAGAUUCGCCUCAUGAGGAACAAGUCUUCAGGUCAGAGCAGAGGAUUCGCCUUCGUCGAGUUUAAUCACUUGCAGGAGGCCAGCCGCUGGAUGGAGACCAACCAGAGAGUGCUCACUAUAUUGGGACAGCGUGUAUCUAUGCACUACAGUGACCCAAAGCCCCGUGCUAAUGAAGACUGGCUCUGCAAUAAGUGUGGAGUACAGAACUUCAAACGAAGAGAAAAGUGUUUCAAAUGCGGAGUUCCUAAAUCAGAGGCUGAGUUGAAACUGCCUCUGGUGCCAAAGAGUUUACCUCUGGGGGAAUUAAAGGACUCAGCUCAGGGUUUACUGCCCCUUCCUGCCAUAUACCAGACAGCAGCUCCACUAGUCAACUUAAGUUCCUCGUCCCCGGCUGCCGAGGUGGCCAAUGACACUCUGAUUUUGAGGAAUCUGGGACCCCAUACAACGCUGGAGGCCAUUUUGUCUGCUCUUGCCCCGUUUGCUACUCUCUCACCUUCAAAUGUACGGCUCAUCAAAGACAAACAGACGCAGCUCAACCGAGGGUUUGCUUUCCUGCAGCUCACUACUAUUGUGGAGGCUUCACAGCUGCUUCAGAUCCUCCAGUCCGUGCAGCCUCAUCUCUCUAUCGAUGGAAAGCUCAUUUCUGUGGAGUUUGCCAAGGGUUCCAAACGUGAUGUUUUUCUGACAGAUGGCAAUCGGGUGAGUGUGGCGACGGUAGCGAGUACAGCUAUAGCUGCAGCUCAGUGGGCCGUCACGCAGACGGCCCAGCUCUCGGCAGUAGCUCAGAGCGGUGAUAUCGGUGUGCACCAGCAGGGGGCGGCAGCAGCUGUGUUUGGGCAGGUUGUCAGUGCAGAGACGCAAGCCUUUAAAGGGCGAGUGCCUGCGCUAGUGACCAGCCACACAACAUUAGGUGCUACUGACGGAGGAACAGCCUCUACAGGAGAAACAGGUGCUACCUCCAUAUUGCCGCUCGCAGCAUCCCACACCCAACUUAUCACCACUACAACCUCCACACAAGCCCAUCAGCACUAA